AUGUUCUCGACUAAAAAGGAUAUUGAUCGGCAUGUGAAAACGUCUCUAAACAAGCUGCCGGAAAACGAGCGCUAUCUUCGCGGGCUGGCAGUAGCGAGACAGUACUUUAAGCUGAGUGAAUAUGCGAGCGCGGAGCAUUGGCUUUCCUGUUACCUGUCGGUGCAGGAAGAUAGCGCCCCCGCACACAAACUGCUUGGUCAGUGCUAUGAAAAGCAAAAAAAGUUCGAUCGGGCCAUUACCUCCUACCAACGUUCGCUCCAGCUCGAUUCGAAGCAAACCGGUCUGAUAACGGACGUGUGCAAUCUGUUGCUGAUGGACGACAAUCUGUCCAAGCACCUGUCCAAGGCGAAGCACUGGUGUGAUUUGGCCGAAUCGGAGCGCAUCAACCAUGAGGCGGUACUCAACCUGAAGCUAAAGGUAGCCAACAAAGACGCCACCACUGACAACAAGCUCGUAAAGGACAUCAUACUAAAGGAAAUUUUGGCCCGACCGUUGGAUCCGUUGUUACGCGUUCGGCUAGUGGAUCAUUUUCUUGACGAGAAAAAGCUCGACGAAGCGUUCAAGUAUUGUUUCGAGCUGGAGAUGAAAUUUUGCGAGCCUUUCAUGCAAUCAAGCGAAUGGACAAACGGCGCAGCGAACAUGCUGUCCAAAUACUCCGAAUCGUCCGGCUCCGAUGGUACGGGGCAUCAGAGGCACUGGAACUAUUAUCUGCUGCAGGCGCUCGUGCUGGACCGGCAGAUUUACUUAAACCUGCUAGCCGAUUCCACGAUGGAAACGAUCAAGCGAAGUAAUCUGAAGGAGAUAGCACAAAAAUUGUUCAAGCUCGACCAAACCUUGCAACAGGUUGCGGAGAAAGGUCGCAAUGCAGCUCCGCAAAAGCAGAUGGCAGAUGUGUAUCUGCGACACUAUCGGGGUCAAUUUCUUCUCUACUCAGCUUCAUUGCUGUUUAAAGGCGCGCAAGAUCAGUCCAGUGCAGGGCGGGCAAAGGAUACGAGCAAAAAGUGUCUAGCAUUGUUGCUGAUGGCUUACCAAUGUGGUGUUCCCAAUCCGGACGAACCGUGGUUAAAGCAGAGCAGUGAAAUGGCACGCAAUUUGUUGGGAUUUUGGAACAAACAGGCGGCAUUCCGGUGCUGCCAGGCCGGCAGUACGAUACUGUCGUGUGUUGAGGAGGGCGCAGAUGUGUCCGUGUUGGCUCAAAUACAAAACGUAACCGAGACAAAGGUGUGGACAACGGCGGAUGAUGUCGUAAAUCAGAUUCGCCAGCUAUGUUCAGAACCUGGAUGGCGCCAAAAUGUGUCACGCGCACUUUAUUCCUUCGGCGACAUAUCAUCUAAAUCUGCAGCCGGGGCUUAUUUUGUGAAAGACGGUGUGGCUUUCGGUGAACCGCAGUACGUGCUGCCUAAACGCGAACAAGUCAAUCUGUAUGUAGAAUUCGCCCAAUCGCUGUAUCCUUCCUCGCUGCCAUAUCUCGUAUAUCUAGGCCUCGUAAUUGGGACGGACAAUUUAGCCGAGUUUCGGUGCAAUGCGUUUCCACGGUUGAACUUUUCCACCAACAACCUUGACAACUGUAAUCUGGAAACGUUGAACCAGCUGGAUAUGGAUUCGUUCCUGUACUGUUCCGUUCUGGUUGCGCAGAGCAACUUGGAUAAUAAACGCCCAAUUACCCAGCAACAGGGUCGGCCGGCGUUUCUACCGGCGGCAAAUCUUACUCCGCUACUGUGUGAGGACAACAAGAUCGAUUGGUGGAGUGCAGCGUACAAUUUGAUCAAGAGCAGCACAGCUAAGGACGCUGCAAACAGUGUAGCCGAGCAACGACAACUCUUGCAGCAUGGUUUACAAGCGAUUCGCGGCACCGGCGCCCCGCUAAGCGAUGUUAUUGUGUUGUUGAAGUUGGGCCAAGUACUGGUGCAACGGGCAAGUGCAUCGAAGUUGGUCACACCUGAGGAACGACGUUACAUUGAGAGCCGCAGUGAGUCCGUGUACCGUGCGGGCGUGCUGCUGUGGAAGAUGCGCAACGAAUCAUCGUACGCUGGUGGCAUGGAAUCGCACGGUAGUUCUGUUGGUUACGGUUCCGAAAUGUUCUUCAAGUAUGGUGUAAAGUCUUACGAUUGUCAACAGGAGGCGGUCAAGCUGGCGGAAUCAGCCAUCACGUUCCUGGCAUCGGUUUAUUUCAAGCGCGGUAGAUAUGAAGAGUUUACGCAAGACUUCAGCAGUAUUCCGCUGCCGUUUGCUGCAUAUUUCCGCGCGGAAGCUUUCAAAAAGCUGGACGAAUCGAACAAGACGCCACUGAAGGCAAAGAAGUUCUACUCAGAGCGGGCUCGUGAAUGCAUCCGUCAAACGCAGCGCUACCUGGAGUUGCCGUACGUGGAGCGUAACCAUCCGCUUAAUUACGUUGUGCAGAGCGAGAUGAAACGUAUGUCGUUUGCAAACGAUUCAUUUGACGGAAGUUUGAACACAUCGGCCAACGGUGGCGUUGGAGUGAGUGGUGACGAGAGUGAUCAUUUCCAGUCUUUCACAUCAUCCUCCAUGACAAACGCUGGGCUUGCGAGCGCUGGCGGAACGGGUGGUGCUUCGUUAUCGCGCAGCAUUACGGAGCGCGAUGCGGCCACCGCGACGGCUGCCGCAUCGAUGUGCUUGGCGAAAACGAACGAUCUUGAGAUACUUAUGCGCCAGAUAAUGGAAACGCUAACGUUUGUUAAGGAGGACGUGUUGGGAAUUCGCAACGACGUUGGCGACAUGCAGGACCGUUUGGUAAAGAUCGAAGAAAACAUGUUCCGCAAGCCAACGGAGACGCAGGCAGGAGGGAAUGGUGCGGCAACAUCGACACCGUUGGCAAACGAAUCGGCGACGGUUAGUGCAGCAGCUGCCGCAGCGGCUAUGCAAGCGAUGAACGAUUUGUACAUGGAUGAGUUCCAGAAUUCCGCCUCGGCACUAGCGUACCAGCAUGCCGCUGCUGCAGCAGCAGCUGCUGUUCGCACGCCGGUCAUGGGUGGUGUUGGAAUGGCACCAUCGCAGCAAACUGGCUCCAGUAUACCGUACCACAAUCUGUACGGUGCCAAUGCGUAUCCCAAUUAUCUGUCGCAACAUCAGGCCCAGCAGCAUCAGCCGAUGUUAACCCCUCGCGGACACCCGAUGGCCGGAGCGAUGGGAGCUUCCCCAAUGCAUACUAAUGCCGCCUAUCAGCAUCAUCCGGAUAGUCUUUUGGUAUCUGCCGCUGGAUCUCCUGCUGCCGGUGGUUACCAGCUUCCGGCCUUCCAGCAAACUGUCCUACCAACACAAUCCGAAUCUCAGAUUUCGAUGAUGCAUUCUACGCCGACAAUGUCGCAAAUUACGACACCAGCAUUGUCCAUUGCUGCCAAAUCCGCCAACAGUGGUGCAAACCUUUCGAUCGAGCAAUCGCUCCAGACACCGGCUCUCCUUAGCAGUUGGAAUAACACUUAUAACAAUACGUUCAAUGCUCCUACUUCCACACCGUCCGUGUCAAAUGUUCUGCCCUCGUAUCUAUCAUCAAGUACAGAGGCGAAAGGUGGUGCACCGGUGAACGUGGUCAUUACCAGCUCGGAUCCGUUACCACCUCCGCCAAGCGUUAACAGCUCUACCCUUGCAACAGGUUCGGCAGUACAACCAACGUACAGCGUUACCAUACCACCGCAACACAUUAAACACAGCAAUACCGGUGGCAGCAUCGGUCAGGGAACAACGGGCAAUAAUAACGCGCCAAAACCGGACGCUGCUCAGUCCGUAACCGUUAACACGAAAUUCCCGAUGCCUUCGAUCUUGCUGGCUGGCGGAGGAGGAACGUCAUCGGGUGAUAAAUCCGUUGCUCCCGCGGCACUUACCUCUUCAUACUUCGCUAACAUGAUUUCCCCGGCCAAGGCGGCAAACGAUGCGAAUCAGGCCGCUGAAGAAGACGACGAUGACGAUAGGAACGUAUCCGGUGGCGUUGAGUACGAUCCGCGUCCGGACUUCCAGCCGAUCAUUCCGCUGCCCGACGAAAUUGUGGUGCGUACGGGUGAGGAAGAUGAAGAGCAAAUUUUCAGCGGCCGUUCGAAGCUGCUCCGUCUGGUUGAGCGCGAAUGGAAAGAGCGUGGUUUGGGCGAACUGAAGAUACUACGCUCGAAGGCAGAUCCGAGCAAAUAUCGCAUUGUGAUGCGCCGUGAACAGGUGCACAAGAUUUGCGCCAAUCAUUACAUCACACCCGAGCUGAUCAUCAAACCAAUGGAGAAGCGCAAGGAAUGUUACAUUUGGGCGGCGAUGGACUUUGCCGAUGAGGAGCCGAGAAAGGAAUCGUUCUGUGCUCGAUUUGGCACUGCAGCUUUAGCGAACGAGUUCUAUAAUGCGUUCAUCACCGCGCGAGACGAGGUAACACGUCUGCGGGCUGAUGGUGGCCAUCAACAGAGCACGGCUUCAGCCGCUCCACCGGCAACAACGGGAAGCUUUGCGUUUAGCAGCACUCCAAAGUCGUCGGCAUCAAGCACUACACCGGCGUCGGCAUCGUCUACCGUACCGAAACCUUUCGGAGAGUUCACAUUUGCAAAGAACUACACACCACCGCCGGUGGUUAGCACUAAAACGGGCUCGAAAACAAUGGAUGCCCCUACGGCGCCAACUGUCGUUAACGAUGAUAAACCGAGCCCGUUCUCGUCCUUCACAUUCAAAGCGCAAACUCAAACGGGCAAUGCAGGAUCCGGCUCUGUUCCAUUCGGCAAUAUUUUUGGGGCACUGUCGGGUGUGUCUCUCGGUUUCGAAGAGCGUGAUUUCGCGUGUGUCCACGAAGCUAACGUAAACGGUUUGAAGCGUAAGGAAAAGGAGUCUGGCAUGUGGAUGGAUUGUGCAGUCAGCAAUGGACAAAUGAGGCUGCUCACUUUCGCGGAAACCGUGCGUCUGCUAAUGCGAAACAGUGAAAGACCUACCACUGUCUAUUUAAACCACGUCUUAAGCAAGGAUGUACAGAUUAAAGCUACGGACAAAAACGCUUGCAGUUGGACCGUCCCAAAAGAUGCUGCGUAUCCCACAACAGGAGGACCGAUUAGUUUUAUGGCGCUUUUCAAAACCACUGACGAUCGCGAUCGUUUCUUAACGGCCGCACAUAAAUGCUUCACCAGUGCAUCUGCCUCAGCCCCUGCUGCUCAGCCAACUUCUAGCUUUGGUUUCGGCGAUCUGUUCAAACCGAAGUCUGGAAGCUGGGAAUGUCCCGGAUGUUACUUGAGCAAUAAGGCCGAUGCAACUCAAUGCGCCGCGUGCAAUGAACCGCGCGACCCAACGAAGAAAGACGAUCAAAAAAAAGCUACAUUGUCCGGAGGAUUGUUCGGUAAUCUUGCUCCACCGAAGGAAGGAGGCAAUAAAUUUACGUUCGGUAUGCCUCCAUCCACGGUAACGGUAACACCGAUUACGUUCGGGUCUGCUAAUGCUGCUACUGUCGCUAGCGGAGGUGCAAAAAAACCGCAAGAACAACCAAUUAAGCCUAUCCCGGCUCCUACUUCAACACCGGCAAAAAGUGGCACUACCGGUUCCGGUGGAUUUGGCGAACAAUUCAAACCGAAGCCGGGUUCAUGGAAUUGUAAUGAUUGCUAUCUCUCGAACGGAGCAGACGUGUUGUACUGUUUAAGCUGCGAAAAUCCUAAGGAUGAUACGGUUCCGAAGAAGUCAGCAGGCGGAGCAUCUUCUGCCGGCGGGCUGCUGAAGGCGGCCGAAACAAUGCCCCAAAUUAGUUUUGCUGCAGGUGGUGGUUUCACUUUUGGCGUACCGCCUGUAACAGCCUCUAAUGUCACUACCGGAUCGGUGGUAACAGUGACAGUCGCUAGUACAACUACCACGCCCAGCCUUUCGCAACAACCAAUUUUUGGAGGAGGAUUUUCGUUCGGAAGUCCGUUGAAACCACUACAAAACACAGCUGCAAACUCAGCUACAGCAAGCACUGUCGUUGCUACACCGGAGAAACCCGUUUUCAAAUUCGAACUACCCACACCAGCGGGGGGACUCUCGUUCGGCUCGAAGCUAACACCGAGCACAGCGUCAAAGACCGUCGGAAGCGGUGAUGGACAAGGCACCGCCACAUCAGCAAUUAGCAUGCUGGAUCCACCAGAAAAAGCAACCUUUGGGUUCGUAUUCAAGCCAAAAUCCCCUGGCCGUACGCUCAGUGGCGAUGGGGAUGGAGUUGAGGAUGAUGGCGCCGCCGGUGAAAACAGUGUUACGGAGGAGGAAAACAAUACCUAUUUUGCACCCGUUAUUCCUCUACCGGAUAAGGUCGAGGUAAAAACUGGUGAAGAGGACGAGCAUGUGUUGUACGCUCACCGAGCCAAACUUUAUCGAUUUAUUUGCUCUGAAUGGAAGGAGCGUGGCAUCGGUGAUGUGAAGAUCCUAAAACACAAAGUAACGGAUAAGCUGAGAGUGGUAAUGCGGCGUGAGCAGGUACUAAAGAUUUGUCUUAAUCAUGCACUCACCGAUGACAUUUGCUACACGAAAAAGGACGAUAAGUCAUGGCAGUUCGUGGCAAACGACUUCUCCGAGGGCAACUUCGAGAUCAUGAACUUCUGUUUGCGCUUUAAAUCUAGUGACAUUGCGCAAGAAUUUCGGGACGCGAUAACAGACGCGCUAAGCGGAAAAUUGAACCUUUCUACGGUGGGUGCGCAGGAUGACACGAAAAUCACAUCACCAACGCUUAACGACACCACGAUCACGUCUACCAGCUCACCGAUCGGAGCAUUAAACUUUUCCAAACUGAGCGACAUUUCACUAACCGAGCGCGAAACGGCUCAGAAACUGAAGUUGCCGGAGAACUUUUUCGAAUGUUCGUCAACUCCCUGUGCCGGUUGUCGUGGUUGUGAUUCGGAUGCUUUCGUUUUUCCGACCAUUGGAGUGAAGCAGCUGGUGGCGGCCGAAACCGAGGAAGCGCCCCUACCGAUCGAUAUUAAAACCGUGAAACCGUUACCUCCUAUGGCGCUGAUGAGUAGUUCACCGAAGAAGGUAUCAUUUGCAGCGACGGCUCCGGUUCAACCUUCGGAAAUGUUCGGUGGAGAUAAUGCAACCAAGACAAAUGCAACGGUACCAGCUGCUCCCGUGGCUGGUUUGUUCUCGGGUUUAUCGUUUAAAGUGCCCUCGGUUACUGGUGGUGGUACUGCCGUUAGUGCGACCAAUACAUUCUUGUCCGCUGAACAAAAGUCAUCAUCUUCGCCGUUCAUGUCUGCAACGUCCAUUUUCGGCGGUGGACAACCAUCCUCCACAACGACGGAUCAAACACCUACGAGCGGUUCAAAUACAAAGUUUGCUUUUGGAACUUCUACUGCGAUCGGAUCUGCUGCUUCCGGGGGAUCGAUCUUUUCCGCAUCACUUAAUACUACACCGAAAACAUCGUUCGUUACGCCCCCUGCUAGUAGUACGCUUGGAACCGGUGCGCAAGUAACAUCUACCACGGUUGAUGAUAAAAAAGACUCCCAAACCCUUGUUGCUACCGCUAAACAAGCUAGCAGCAGUCCUCUGUUGCAACCCGCAUCCCUUACUACAACCCCGUCAUCAGUUAAACCGGUGGUAGAAGGAACAGGAAAAUUCUUUGGAUCAUCGGUCAGUGGCUUCGGUUCAGGUGGUGGUUUCGGGUCAACAGGCGGUGGUACGAACUUUUUCUCCGGGGGUAACAUUUUUGGUUCGAGCACGAAUACCACCAACACUUCGACGACAAACAGUACCAGCGGUAGUAACACCACACCAGUAAAUGCUACUGGUAAUACGACUCCUUUCGGCAGUGUCGCCUUUGGUGAUGUUGGUUCAACUCCGCCCGUGUUUGGUGGUGGCAGUGGCUUCACUUUCGGCAGCUUAGCCAAACAAACUACGCUACCUGUUGGCAACAGUGCCGUGAACAACAGUAGCGAUGCUCCAUCAAUUUUCAAAAUGGAUGACAGUGUAAGCUUUGCGACGCUGGCUAGCAGUAAUAGUCCGGCUUUUAGCAAUGUGACGAAGCAGACGGAAGACGGUACCAAACCGGCUGGAGGAUUCGUGGGGCUAACCGUGAAGGAAGAUUUCUUUUCGCGCUCUGCUUCGGCCAAGCUAAACAGCAGUACGGAUGGAGGAGCUAACAAUACGGAGACGAGCAACGGCAAUGUGCAAGACGGAACGACGGGUGGUGAAGAUGGCGCAACCGGUGGUGGAGAUGAGAAUUAUGAUCCGUACUAUGCACCCGUCAUUCAACUACCAGACGAGAUCGAAGUGCGCACGGGCGAAGAGGAGGAAACAAAGCUCUUUGGUGAACGUGCCAAGCUGUAUCGAUAUGAUUCGGCCACGAAGGAAUGGAAAGAACGAGGUGUCGGUGAACUGAAAAUUUUACACCAUCCAGUGCGAAACACCUAUCGAUUGCUGUUACGCCGUGAACAAAUUUUCAAACUCGUGCUGAACCAUGCCAUCACUGGAGAUCUUGCCGUUACGCCGAUGAACAAUUCCGACAAAGCUUUCGUUUGGGGUGCCAUGAAUCAUGCCGAAUCGCCCGGCCAGCUGGAACAGUUGGCUGCUCGCUUCAAGAACGAAAGUCUGGCGUCCGAAUUCCGCAGCACGUUGGAGAAGUGUCAGGAAAAAUUGCGCUCCCGGUCAGACCUUGAGCCGGAUCAAGAUUAA